CUUCCUCCCCCAGCGCAGUUCGUUGCCCUCGCUGCCUGCCUGCUGCAGUCAGACUCCAGUCCUCCGAACCAGGACAGCGAAGGUUCUCCAACCGGGACCAUGUUUCAGACUCUACGACCGACCCUGGGCCUGCUGCUGCUUCACCUCACGGCCGCUCACGUUUUCCUGGACGGCAGGGAGGCCAACCAGGUUCUGACCAGGCUGAGACGGGCCAACAGCUUCCUGGAGGAACUUAAACAAGGCAACAUGGAGAGGGAGUGCAACGAGGAGCGCUGCAGCUGGGAGGAAGCACGAGAGAUCUUUGAAGAUAAAGAAAAAACUGAUGAGUUCUGGGCCAUAUACGUGGAUGGCGACGCCUGUCUGUCCAAACCUUGUGCCAAUGGCGGUCAGUGCAAGGAUACGAUUGGAAGCUACAAGUGCUACUGCACGGAGGGAUAUAAGGGCUUCAACUGUGAAAUCGUUAUCCCGAAGCUCUGUGAAAAUGAGAACGGCGGCUGUGAUCAUUUCUGCCGCGUUGCCAACAGAAACGUUGAGUGCUCAUGCGCUGAUGGAUACUUCUUGGGCCCAAAUGGAAAGUCCUGUGAGUCCAAUGAGCCUUUUAAAUGUGGCGUCCUUGUCAGCAACAAGGUCCGACGGUCCCUCGUAGACUCUGGAGAUCUGAACAUGAAAGAAGUGAAACCCCCCAAGCUGAAUAACACUGCAAACUCUACGGAGCAAAGGAACGUCCUCGACCAUGAUGAUCCGUUCUGGUCCAGAGACAUCAGCAGCCAGCUCCCAGCUCCUAUCCCCAAUGAGAUGAGUUUGGAUACCAUUGACAGGGUGGGGACUGUUCGGAUUGUCGAUGGAGAAGACUGUCCACCAGGAGAAUGUCCAUGGCAGGCUCUACUGAUCAAUGAGGACAACAUUGGGUUCUGUGGGGGAACGAUUCUGACCGAGUACAUCAUCCUGACUGCAGCUCACUGCAUGAACCAAUCACGUUACUUCAUCGUCAAACUUGGUGAACACAACACCACUCAACAAACCGGUUGGGAUGUCCAUGACGUGGAUGCCAUCGGCUCCCACUUCAAGUACAACCCAGAAACCUACAACAACGACAUCGCACUCAUAAAACUGUCCAAGCCCAUCAGGUUCAACAAAUACAUCCUGCCGGCCUGCUUACCGCAACCAGAUUUUGCAGAAAACGUCCUGAUGCGGCAGAGGGACGGUCUGGUCAGCGGUUUUGGACGUCUUGGUGAGGGUCGAGAAGCAUCUACGAUCCUACAACGCCUCUCCGUGCCCUACGUGGACCGGCUCACCUGCAUUGAAUCCACCCAGUUGCGCAUAUCUAUGCGCAUGUUUUGCGCCGGCUACGAUACAAUAGCUAAGGAUGCCUGCCAGGGUGACAGCGGGCCGCAUGUCACACGUUACCAUGACACCUACUUCAUCACCGGCAUCGUGAGCUGGGGCGAAGGGUGCGCACGCAAAGGGAAAUACGGUGUCUAUACGCAAGUGUCUAAAUACAUCCACUGGAUCAGAGAAGGCAUCAAGAAGAUGACGCCCAGAGGAGAGAACAGACAAAAGAGGGACCAUGGCGCCAUCAAGAGGAUGUACCUGAAACAGUCUCUGGAUACUGCUGAGUCAAAGCUGAAGCCGUCAAACAUCAUGUCUGUGUUUCUGCUCGCCAUCUGCCUCCUGGGAGGUUCCUUCCUCCAGGUGUUGAGCCAAGAUAAAGGGCUUUGCGACAAUGAGAACGGUGGCUGUGAACAUUUCUGCCAUGUUGUUGGAGGAAAUGCAGUAUGCGCCUGUGCUGACGGUUACUUCCUGGAUCAGGACAACCAAUCCUGCAACUCCAACGAGACUUUUAGAUGCGGCGCCAUUAUCACUGACGAUGUCCACAGACAGAACAGAACCGAGAAGAGAAGCUUCACAGAGGAGCAACAUGUCCGCCAGAGGAACACAGCAGUGAGAUCAGCAGACAGGGAAGCACAGACCAGAACCAUCAAUGGACAGGACUGUCCACCAGGACAAUGUCCAUGGCAGGCUCUCCUGAUCAACCAGGACAACAUCGGAUUCUGUGGGGGAACGAUUCUGAGUGAAUACAUCAUCCUGACUGCGGCUCAGUGCGUGGCCCAGACCCGGUACCUCAAAGUCAGGCUCGGAGUCUUCAACACGUCCCACAGUGGUGAUAAUGAAGCCUUGCAUGUGGCGGACGCCAUCGUCACUCACCAUGGUUACAGCCCACAGACCUACUUCAAUGACCUUGCUCUGGUGAAACUGGCCACGCCCAUCAGGUUCACCAGGUACAUCCUGCCAGCCUGCAUGCCGGAGCCGGACUUCAUGGAGAAGGUUCUGAUGCGGCAGCCGGAUGCGCUGGUCAGCGGUUUUGGACAUCUCGGUGAGGGUCAGCCGUCUACCAUCCUACAACGCCUCUCUGUGCCCUACAUGGAUUGGCAAACCUGCAUGGACUCAACGCCGCUCAGUAUCUCCUUACGAAUGUUUUGUGCUGGCUACGACUCAAUGGGGGAAGAUUCCUUUCAGGGCGACAGCGGCGGCCCGCAUGUCACUUAUCAUGGCACCUUCUUCAUCACCGGCAUCCGGAGCUGGGGCAAAGGUCACGCCCGCAAAGGGAAAUACGGCGUCUACACACAAGUGUCUAAAUUCAACCGCUGGAUCAAAGAGGGAAUCAAGAAGCUGACGCCGAUAGAGAAGCCCAGUACCAGGACGAAGAGGCACCACGGCGCCGUCAAAAGGUUCCGUCUGUAGACAGAAAUCAUCCAGUAACUCUUGUACCUCGGUAAUUCAGAUACAUGGAAGUUUUCUACUGCAAUAUGUCAUCCUAACAGAAAGGAGUCCCUCAGGGCUGUAAGUUUAGGCUCCUGACUUUUAGAGUUGUUUUGGUCUAAUAAAAGUAAAACCUUUUUAGUUGAAGUAAUUGUAGUAAAUACAUUUACAGUAGAUCCCAAAACUAAUAACAUUAUUAAGAUUAGUCUAGUCAAAAAAUGUCUGUUUUGGGGUAUUUUGUAUAAUCCAUCGACCAAAAUAAAGAUUUGAAUAAUAGAAACAAAAGAAACACUGUCUUGUUUUGUUUAUUUUUUACAAAUAUGACACAUUUUUGGCUGUUUUUAAAAACUUUCAGUUGAAUAAAGUUUUGACAUUCAAGUUGAA